UUCCGCAAUACAAGCCAUCACAAUGGAGAUGGUGAUGUAGCAACUAAUGGUUACCACAAGUACAAGGAGGAUGUAAAACUAAUGAAGGAGACUGGAUUGGAUGCUUUUAGGUUUUCUAUAUCUUGGCCAAGGCUUAUUCCCAAUGGCAGAGGAGAAGUCAACCCAAAAGGAUUACAGUACUAUAAUAAUCUUAUCAAUGAACUUCUGGAUUAUGGUAUCGAACCACACGCUACCCUUUGUCAAUAUGAUCUUCCUCAAGUCCUUGAAGAUGAAUACAAUGGAUGGUUGAGUCCUCAAAUAAUUGAUGAUUUUACAGCAUAUUCAGAUGUCUGCUUUAGGGAAUUUGGCGAUAGGGUUACGAAUUGGACUACUCUAAAUGAACCUAAUGCUGCUGCAUUGCUUGGCUAUAACAUUGGACAUGCACCACCUGGGAGGUGUUCUGAGCCAUUUGGCAAUUGUCCCAAUGGAAAUUCUGUAACCGAGCCUUACAUUGUAGGUCAUCAUAGUUUGUUGGCUCAUAGCUCAGCCGUAUCAUUAUACAGGAAAAAGUAUCAGGAAAAGCAACAUGGAGUUAUUGGCAUAAAUAUAUUUAUAUAUGACUUCGUACCUUUAACCAACUCAACAGAGGAUACAACUGCAACUGAAAGAGCAAUGGCCUUCUACACUGGCUGGUUUUUGGAUCCGCUUUACCAUGGAGACUAUCCAGAUGUAAUGAAAAAGAAUGCUGGUUCCAAGCUGCCAAAAUUCUCUAACAACCAAUCUGAACAAUUAAUCAAUUCUAUUGACUUUCUUGGUGUAAAUUACUACUCAAUAAUGUACGUGAAGGAUGAUCCGCAAGCUGCUUCUAGCAAUGAACGAGAUUUCCUGGCUGAUAUAUGUGUUAAAACAACAUAUACAAAUAAUUCUACAAUUCGGUAUGUGCCACCUUAUGGUCUCCAGGGAGUGCUUGAAUAUUUCAAGCAGUAUUAUGGCAAUCUUCCCAUCUACAUCCACGAGAAUGGUUAUCCAAUGAACCAGGAUGUGAUAUUUGACGAUGGCCCUAGGGUGGAAUUCUUGAGUGAGCACCUUACAAGCCUCACGGAUUCUGUCAGGAAUGGUUCAAACACCAAGGGCUACUUCGUCUGGUCCCUCAUGGAUCUAUACGAGCUUCUCGGUGACUCUACAUAUGGCCUCUACUACGUGGACUUCGCAGACAAGGAACUGAGGAGAUAUCCAAGGCGCUCUGCAAUUUGGUACGCAGAUUUCCUGAAGGGCAGGAGAGCCGCGAUGCCUGGGAGAUCUUCAGAUUCGUCGCUGGCUGCUGGCAGUGGCCAGGCGAUCUUCAGAUUCCUCGGUGGAAGUGGCCAGGGGUUUAGGCAGCACUGGUAGCAAAACCGGUUCUUUCUGGAGCAUUCUGUAGAGUCAUUGUCAGUUUUUAUCAUUUACUGGGGGGAGCUAGCGUUGGUCAAAAUGUGAAAACUGUGCUGCUAUUCUGUUCAAUAGGCUGCCCUAUAUAUUUUCGUGAUUGAAACAAAGUGAUUCUCUAGGAUAACUUCCAUGGGGGAAAGUGAUUCUACAGGAUAAAUUCUAAGGGUGAAGUGAUUCUAUGCAGGGA